AUGCAAGCGUCGAACCCGAGCGUAGAAGUGGACGGCCAGGUACAUACAUACAAAGAUUUGUGCAUUGGUAGUGAUGCAUCGGAUCAGCCAUCUUCUGCAUCGACGAUAACAUGUGAAGCUCGCAUUGCUGGCGGCUGGGUUCGCGACAAACUAUUGGGGCUACCAUCGCACGAUCUAGACGUGUCGUUGUCGUCGUUAACGGGGCAUCAGUUUGCGCUGUUUCUCAAAGCAUAUCUAGAAAGUGAUCGAUUCUCGCAAACGAAGCUGGCCCAUGAAAUUGCCAUGCACCUGCCUCAUCGAGGUCCUAUGGGGACUAUCGGCAAGAUCGCCGCAAACCCCGAGCAAAGCAAGAAUCUCGAAACUGCCACAACCAACGUGUUGGGCUUCGACUUGGAUUUCGUCAACCUACGCAAAGAAGUCUAUGAAGGCACGCACCGCAUUCCUGUCAUGUCAUUCGGCACGCCGCUAGAUGAUGCAAUGCGUCGAGACAUAACAGUGAAUGCUCUUUUCUACAACGUUCAUACCGCGUCCAUCGAAGACUGGACCGAACACGGUCUCCAUGACUUGCACCAUGGCAUUGUACGCACACCCAUGGAUCCAGCAUCGACAUUCAACGACGAUCCACUACGUAUUUUGCGAUGCGUUCGCUUUAGCAGUCGAUUUGGCUACGAGAUCCAUUCGGAUAUUCGGUCCUGUCUUUGUGAGACUGCGUCUGAUGGAGGUAGCAAGGCCAAGAAUCCUAGUACGGCUGAGCUACUGCGCUCCGCACUCUUGAAUAAGGUGAGUCGCGAGCGAUUCGGCAUAGAAGUCGAUAAAAUGCUCUCUGGACGCGAUCCAUUCCGUGCGUUGCAACUGCUCUCUGAGCUUGGUCUCUAUAAGGUUGUGUUUACACCGCCACCACCUUUGAUACAGCGCAUGGGCACAUCCAGUGGCGGCGCGCAAAUUGAUGCACCGGCUGACAUCCCCGAUGAAAACGUUGCGCUAUUCCUCGCUGCAUGCUUCGACGAUCUCCUUCAGGGCACUGGCACAUAUGCGGAUUUGUGGGCGCAUAUUCCUCACGAUUGGCUAGAUACACUCCGAACUAGCCCUACAGCAGCGUCAAAGCAGCGACUUAUAUGGUACGCACUUGCGCUGUUCCCUCUGCGUGAUAUUUAUGUCCAGCCGAAAAAGCAGAAGGAAUGGGCAGGUCUUGAAACCAUAUCAAAGGGGCUGAAACUCGGGAAUAGAAAUACCAAAGAUCCUGUCGCUUGCUUGGACCGUGCCGUCUCAGUGCUGAGUCGGCCUUCGCUUGAUCGAUUCAAACCUGACUCUUGUCUGACCCAGCGGUCGACGAUUGGUCUUCUUCUUCGCCAGUCUUGUAUAACUAGUCCGAGUUUAGAUGUGGGGCUGGACAACACACUACUAUUUGCGCUCUUUUGUGAUCUUGCCACAGUGUAUGAUGCGCAAAAUGAUACGCUGGACAAGGACUCGGCUAUCAACAUCAUUGAUGAGUAUGCCCGGUUCUGGGCAUUUGUGCGGGACGAACGCUUGCUUGAUUAUGCGCAAGUGAAACCGAUUUUGGACGGACGCCAAGUAGCUGAGGCACUGCCGUGUGAAAAGUUUCUUCUAACUCGUGUGCUGCCAUUCGUGGUUGCAUGGCAGAUUGACCAUGCAACUAUGGAUGCGCCUCUCGCUGAGCGGCAGGCGCAAUGUGCGAAGGACUUGCAUGAUGCGUGGAGUUCUGGACACUUGAUCCCUGUGUCGGAGCGUACGCAAGUUGCCAAGUCUAAGAAAACAUAG